CCCCUUUCCAUAUCAGUAUCUUUCUCCACUCUUCUUCCCCAAUAUCAAUCCCACAUUCUCUGUCUCAGAUUCUCCAGAAUUUCUGCUCGUUUCAUCUUCUUUCUCACGAAAAUUUUCCCUCAUGGCCUCCUCCGCGGUAGAUUUGAACCGUCUCAAACCUAGCCAGGGGUCUAGAAAGGUCCGAAUCGUGGGCAAAAUCAGGGGUUUCACAGACCAGGAGUUAGGGUUUCUCGGCGGUUCUAAGCCGUGGAUCACUGUAAACAAACCACCUGAAGCCGAUUCCUCUGGACCUGUCACUAUCUUGUUUGGAGAAAAGGGAACCAGUCGCAAAGAUACAUUUGAACUGGAUUACUGUUAUGAGCAAGGAGAGGAUGAUAGUGUGUUGUUCUCAAGAGAGAUAAAGCCUGCUAUCUCAGAUAUUUUCACUGGAAAAGAUGCUUCAGUUAUUGCAUAUGGAGCUAGAUGUAGUGGGAAAACUUGUACAAUUCAGAAUUUAGCAACUUCUGCCAUUCAUGAUAUCCUUUCAAGAGUAGAGGAUGUUGGAAAGAGAGUGUCCAUAUCUUUCUUUGAGGUCAUUCAAGAGCAUGCUUAUGAUAUUUUGGACCCAGAAAAGAGGGAGGUGCAAGUAUUUGAAGACUCUCAAGGCAAAGUGAAACUUAAAGGACUUUCUAAGGUCUCAAUAAGCUCCAUAUCAGAGUUCCAAGAUAUAUAUUCUGCUUCUAGCACAUCAGGCAAACAAGCACAGAAGACAUCAAUUGGACAGUUGAGAAGGAGCCAUAGGGGUUUGGUGGUACACAUUUCAUCUCCUGAUGAAAGCCAUAAAGACAAACCUAUUGGUGUUAUAAACUUUAUUGAUUUAGCGGGUUAUGAGGAUUCUAGAAGUAGUAUUAGAGAUGGAACGUCACUUGCUGAAAGCACUAGGAUAAAUAAGUCUCUUCUUUCCAUAAUGAACGUUGUGUUUGCACUGAACACGAAUGACAGUCACGUUCCAUAUCGAGAAAAUAAACUCACUCGCAUGCUAAAGGAGUCUCUUGGGGGAAACAACUAUAUGUUGUUGCUUGCUUGCAUGAACCCAAUCUUCUGUCAAGACACAAUCUACACUGUAAGUCUGGCUUCACGGUUAUGUGAAAACAUCAAGAUGUCAUCUCGAAGCUCUGCACCGAAGUGUAGAAGUUCUACCAAACGAGAUGUACGCCCACUCACCACCACCCCAUCAAGUGUGAAAAUGCAAAAUAGCAGUGGUGUACGGGAUUUUUCUAUAAAGAGAGGCCCUAGUGCGUUGAAGGGAAGGAAACUAUUUAGCGGAGGCAAAGCUUCAACUUUUAAGAAGGUAGAGGUCCUAUCAGAUGAUUCUUUAGCCUCAAAGACUAAGCUUCUCCAAGAGACUACUUCUGCCAAAGAAUCCUGUUUGCACAAAGAGGAAGAGGUCUCACCAAAUGAUUCUAUGGCCAUAAAGUCUGAAUUUCUUCAAGAUGACACUCUUUCACUCUCAAAGACUAAGCUUCUCCAAGAGACUACUUCUGCGAAAGAAUCCUGUUUGCACAAAGAGGAAGAGGUCUCACCAAAUGAUUCUAUGGCCAUAAAGUCUGAAUUUCUUCAAGAUGACACUCUUUCACCCUCCAUGCAGUUUUCCUUGCAUGAAGAUGUCCCUUCAGGAACAUUUCAGGCUGCUGAUUCCGUCUCCAUGAUAAGCAGUUUCCUAUGUGAAGAGAAAUAUCCUCAUGAUGUGGGAGUUACCUCAAGCACUUCUAGCAAAAAUAUAGGAUUCACAACUGGACAAGGUGGUGACAUUGAGAAGGAGAACAGAAUUGCCAACACAAACAAAGAUGGAUCACCGUUAUUAAGUGAAAGACUUCGAGCUUUAACGGAUCAGUUAAAACAGUUAGAAGCUUCCACUCCAUUGGCCAUGACGAAAUUGCCAGAGGAGGGAAAUCAAGGAGUUUUACUUGAAUCAAUGGAACCUAAAACCCCAGUUUUUGAAAAUGAUUUUGGUGUGGUUAUGACCAAGUACAACAGUCCUUGGGAGGCAUUAAGUGAGCACAAAUCAAGAGCAAAGGAUUCCUUCGCUCGAGAAUGCGUGAAGUUCUUGAACAGUGCAAGCAAGGAUGAUUUGAAGCGGCUUAAGGGAAUAGGAGAAAAACGAGCUGCAAACAUCCUCGAACUUCGUGAGGACUCCCCUGAGCAUUUUAAAUCACUUGAAGAUUUGAAAGAGAUAGGUCUUUCAGAAAAGCAGGUGAAGAUCAUGGUGAAGACAAUGGGAGCAGAGCUUUUCGCUUAAGUGUUAUUUCAUCUGUGGGUUGAAAUGGCAAAAUUAGUUCAUGUAUAUUGAUGUUUGAAUAUUUUUCUAUAUAAAGUUGUUAUUAAGCUGUUCAUUGUUUAUAAACGUUUGGCUGUGUA